AUGUGCACAACAGAGGAUGAUGGAGUAAUACCGAAAGCUUCUAUAGUCCUGACAGAUCCUAUUGAGCAAUACUUGCAAGAGUCCCAUGCUUUAAAAUCGAUUUAUCCAGUAAUUAAUAAGUUUGGUCAAGUAGAGAGCUUGUUGGAUGGUGGCUCACAAAUUGUAUCAAUGGAUGCGGAUGUUGCUAAGAAAUUAGCAGUCCCUUGGGAUCCUGAUAUAACCAUUCAAAUGCAAGGUGCGAAGAACUGUGGAAAAGACCCUUGUCUUGCCAAAAAUGUUCCAUUUAACUUUGGAGGAAUUAUGAUUUCCCUGCAAGUGCAUGUAAUACAGGACCCAGCCUAUAAGGUACUAUUGGGCAGGCCCUUUGACGUGUUAACAGGGAGCAUGUCAUAA